AUGACUUCCGAAGGUAGUACUGACUCAGUAAGUUCCACAUUAACAACAACUUCAACAACAACAACGAUUAUACGUUCAAUCGUAACAAUCACUCGACCAGGAGACACUAUUAUUGGAGUAUAUAACACAACGGCUGGUGCCUCUACGGGGGGUAAGGAUGGUAGGUAUUCGAUAAUUACUGAACACCCUGCUCAAGCCAUUGAUAACUCUACUUCCACAAAAUACUUCAAUUUUGGAGGCACUGGUGACUAUAACGUAGUGGCCUCUGUACCUGGAGUUGGCACUGGUUUCUAUGUUAUACCUGCCAUUAGCAAUGCUUCAAUUGCCAUAAGUCUUCUCUUUGCAACUGCAAAUGAUUCUCCUAAUCGUGAUCCAAUCACAGUGACUCUCGAAGGAUCCAACGCUAAUGCACUUGAUAAUGGAUCGAGCUGGGCACUUAUCUAUAGUGGUUCGACUGGCAUCAGUCACACAGCGGAUCCAGGUCGAAUGGUAUAUGUUACUAGACAAAAUUUUUCGAACACAAUUGCCUAUAGAAGUUAUCGACUUCUUGUUACUUCUCAACGUGCUCCAGAAUGGGGUGUUCAAUAUUCGGAAGCUCAAAUUAUUGGCUAUAUUUAA